CGAGAAAAAUAUGCAUACUACAAAUCCAAUCUACAAUGCCUCCAUGUGAAACAAUGGUUACGAUACUAUCAAUGAAUGAGAUCACAAAACAGCCUAGAAAAGCUUACACAUUUGGUGAUGACAAGCUAGUUCCCAUUUCUACCUCCCCCCCGCCCCACCCUGCACUCCCAAGACACAAAGUGACAAUGCCAUUUUCAAGCUGGAAUUGUAUUAAUAAUUCAAAGACCAUGCCUCUCCGGAUUGUCUACCCUGGUGGUCACGUUGAACUCCAUGACAGACCUGUGACUGCAGCUGAGAUUAUGUGCCGCAAUCCAAGAUGCUGUGUUGCAUAUCCGUAUGUCUUCCAGCAACCAUGGGCAAUUGUUGAGCCAGACACAAUUCUCAUGCUUGGACAAAGGUUCUAUGUAGUACCAAAGAGCACAAUAAGAAAGCUUCAAAGGCUUUCUCCAAGUCCAAGGCACUCUCCUUCUCCUGCUCGUGAAAUUCCAAUCAGUCCUUCAGUUGAUGAAAUUAGAUACACCCAAUCCAGCCAAGAGGAUGAAGAUGAUCGUAUGCUCUUCACUUUUUGUGUCUUCAGGAAUAAAAGCAUUGCAAAACAAUCUAAUAACUACAAGCAACAUUCCAAAAAUAGAAGCCAGAAAUCAGAAAUCCGAUCAAAUGUUAGAAGUUCGAGUCAAUAUGUUGAUGAUAAAAAUGGUGGUUCAUCAUACGAUAGUUGCUUUGCAAGCCUGUUCAAUGGAGUUGCUACUAAAGAAAAUGCUGGUGAUGUGACAAAAGAAACAAUAAUAUCAUCAAGCAGUGCUCACCACUGUGACAGCGAUGUACCAACCAGGAAGAGAACACAAGAUUUAACAGGGACUGGAUUAAGAGGCUCUCCAAAGAAUGUAUGGUCUUCAGAGCAUUGGCAACCAAGUCUAGAGAGCAUCACUGAAGAAUGAAAUAAAUUUGGAGGCAGUAAAAGCCUUGGC